CUCGUCCCACCUCCCCUGGGCUAACGUUAGCUACGGCAAGUCGUUAGCUACAGUCAUGCUAGUUUUAGACCCCAGCACUGACCUUCCUGAUGAGUUAUUAACCACUUAGAAAAUGUUACACGUUUUCUUUAUACAACCCGGGCAUAGCUGGCAACCUAAUUGUCUUUAAAAUGUUAGUGUUUAGUCUCGCUGCGAAACGCGCAUGUCGUGGCGUGUCAUUGAAAUCAUUUCACUUGUUAACUAACGAUGGAUACUCGAUAACAAACGUGGAGCACAUCCACAGAAACACAAACCGAUGCCUGCAGAGCCACAUCACAAAUGUAACGCGUUUGUCGAGCUCUCGGCCACAUAACUCCAAGGUACCAGAGGUUGCAACAUGGGAACCAGUACCAGAUCACCAACUUCCCCCGCCUGCCCAUAUCCCUGCUGACCUGGUGGACAAACUGGAGCGACUGGCCUUGGUUGAUUUCCGCACCAAAGAGGGACUGGCCUGUUUGGAGAAAGCUAUACGAUUUGCAGAUCAGCUGCAUGUUGUUGACACAUCAGGGGUCGAACCAAUGGAUUCAGUUCUGGAGGAAAGGGCAUUAAACCUGAGGGACGAUGCAGUGACGGAUGGGGACUGUGCUGAAGAACUGCUUCAUCUCUCCAAAAAGACAGUUGAAGAAUAUUUUGUGGCACCACCAGGAAAUAUUCCUCUACCAACGAGGGAGGAGAGGGCCACCAUACUGAAACACUCAGAGUUAUAAUAAUUAUUACACAUGUUUAAUUUGGGAAGUUGUAAAAACAUGAUUUUCCUGCAUUUAGAUUUGUCAUUGUUCAGUUUCGUUUGACACCUGCGGUUAAAUCUCAUUUUAGUUUCAGUAUCAUGUUAUUAAAAUUCUGAGUCAGCAGUGUUUUGGAAACCUUUGUUAUGAGGACAUUCAGUGUAAUGGCAGUACUUUGCUUUAAUUUGGGAUUUACAUUAUGAUCUUCAUUUGUCCUGUUUUCAUUCUUGUGUUUAACUUUAUUUAAUAAAAAUCGCAAUAUUUUCUCUCUU